UUUGUCCGACUUGCCCACAUGGUUCAGUUGCCCAGAGACGAAAACCAACGACGACCAUAUGUCCAAGUUAAAGAGUCGCUAAACAGAAGGUCAUACAACAGGUCGGCUCCAGAGGUUAUCCGGAACGCUGUCUAUUCUCCCGAGUCUGAUGUUUUCAGUUUCGCUUUCGUUAUCUGGGAGAUUUUGAAUUUCCUCUCCGGUAAUCAGCGGGACUCACUGAACCAGUUCGACGAAUUAACGCAGAAUGAUCUGUAUGGUAAAAUGGUAUCACAGAACCCAACGGAUUACUUCCCACCUCCCGGUAACUGCACCACGGAGCUGUAUGACUUGAUGACGCAGUGCUGGAACGUCGAGCGGAAACAGCGACCAAGCCUCGAUACAAUCAUUGCUCAACUUGACACGGAAAUAGAGCGUUAUAAUGCUGGAUGUGGAGGCGAAAGUCCUUAUAUGUUGAUACCUGAUCGUCCAACAGAAACACAUAUUCCCGUGGGACAAGAUCUGCCUGGCUACAUAAUCAUGUCUUUUAAAACAACCACCGAUUCAGACAUAGAGGAGGAGCCUGAGGCACACGGUGAUGUUGGACAAAUUCCAAACGAGAAACCUCCGAAGCUUCCUCCAAGACCGGAGGAAACUAUUAACAGAAGAGAGAGCCAGAGCAGUAGUAAAAGGUCGUCUAUUCGACAUGGCAAGGUCUUUAGUUCUGAAGAGUUCGAUACUGUAGACAGAUUAUCGAAAUCCACAAACAUUCCUGACUCAUGACGCUGAUCGCGGUCAACCGAUUGUUUCAGCGUCGUAACGGAAAAUGUCGACUGUUAACGGAAAAUGUCGACUGUUAACGAAACAUGUCGACUCUUAACGAAAAAUGUCGACUCUUAACGAAAAAUAUUGAUUCGUGUCGAACAAUGACGACUUUGUGAACAGAAGAUAAUUGUGUCAAAAUCAGCACUACGUUAUCAUAUCCACUGAAAUCUGUGAUUAUUGUUGUGUAUAUAGUACCACACACUGGGUUUAAACUUAACAGUAUUACUGUAUGCUAAAUUUAUACAGUAGCAUAUAUUUAUGAAUUGUUUCCGCUCAAAGUUAAGAUAUACACAUAGUGGCUGAAGAAAUACCAUCACUGUUUCUUAUGCAGGAUCAUGAAUGGUUUCUUAAAUAGCUGGUGUCAGUUGAUACUGUUUUCUGUUUAGGUUUAAGAAAAUAUCUUCAUUAACACCAGACCUUGCCAUUUUAGGAGAGCUGUCGCUCUCGCUCCAUGUUACUCCUCUGAGACUAGUCCAACGAGAGUGAUAUAUAGCUCACCUUAGCAUGUGGAUUUAUAUGGUAUAAGUAUGGUAAUAUCUCAAAUGGCUCCUCAUAAUCUAAGUUAGGGGAGCAAUUUAUCACUCCUCAAUUUGUUUUCACUGCGAGGUCAGUGAAUAUGGCCAAGGAUGACACUUUUAUGGAAGGUAAAAAAAAGGACACUUUCAGGGCCAAAUGGUUGUUUCAUGUGUAGUUCGGAAUUUAGGGUGAAAUACGAAAGUUCGAUACAUAGGGUCAUAUACAAUUGGUUUAUAGGAAGGAUAAAAUAAUGAGUUACAAAUUAUAUUGUUAUAGCAUAAGCCAUAAGUCGGAUAUAACUGUUACAGUUGUCUUAGUACAUCCUAGAACAAAACUGAAAGUACAUGAUAGAUUUUCACGUUAGUUAUUACACUUAUUAUUUGUGAUUCAGGUGUAAACAAAAUGACAGAAAUCCGUGUUUUGAUCUCUGUGCCAAAAUACUUUUGCAUCUUUCGAAAGUGUUGAAGAUCCGAGGAGUGCAAACUUGACAUCUUUGUGCAUUUUGAAAUAUUUAAGAUGACGUCCGAAAUGGCUGACAAAACAUACAACUUGCGAUACGACGGAUUCGUUAUUAACUAAGACGAAACUGUUGAUGUCUAUGACAGUGUUUUAUGAGCCAAGGACUUCAUUAUGAAAUACUCCCAGUUAAUAAAUGUAUUCCAACAUCAUUUACACCCAGCAUGGCCAACCCUAUAGCAGCGAGAACAAAUUAUUGUAAUUUAUUGUAGUUUACAUCAACUGUAGCAUGAUUGUAAUGUUGGUGACUGAGAUUUAUUCGUCAAGGAAUUAAUUUAUAACAACCUCUUGCUGACUGAGAUAUUGCAUAAUAAAUUAAAAUUUAAAUCUGGUUAAAUAUCUGCAUCAUAAUCGGUUGCAAUAGCUGGUGUUUGGGGUAACGUAAAAUAUGGGUUUCAUGGAAGGGGGUCAAAGAUGAUGGCUUUCAAGAGUAAACUUGCACCAAAGAUGAUAUUUUCAUAGGUAGUGUUGAAGAUGUCAGCUUCAUUGGUACGAUUUGUAAUGCAAGGUGGGUGGGUUGAUUUAGCGGGUGUAGGGGAGGGGGGCUAUGGGUAGAGUGGAAAUGACAGUUUCAAGAUAGGGAUGUCAAUGUCCGCUAAAUGGAUAAUAAAUUCUUGUUACAGUGUAAGCUAGUACUAAGGUAAUAAGGCUCUAUGUUUUGAAAGUAUUAAUGGCUGUUGAUGGAAAAUUAGUGAUAUUAUAGCUUUAAUCUGUUUGUUUUAACUCUGCCAGUCAGGUAUCUGAUAUGGCGAUUUCUGACAUAUAUUAUGCUUUUGAUAACGUAAUGUAAAUGAAAUUGCCUGCAUUGGAAAUGAAUUUGGAAAAACAUUAUGUGUUUUAAUUGUGUGUUAAACAUAAAAUGUUGUUGUUGUUUUUUUGUAAAUUAUAAUUAAUAACAUGUUUUUGUUGACCUAGUUCUGUAGUUCUUUCUUGAAUUUUUUUAAUGGUGUUUGAUGCCUGAUGAGAAAAUAGAACCCUUGUGUUAUUAGUUAUUCGUUUUGUUCUUAUUUCUAAUAAUUUAUGUCAGCUAUAAAGACGUGCUACCGAAAGGUUAAUAGAUUGGCAGGCCCUAAUUACCGAGCUACUCUCGGGCCUACUAAAAUUCCAAACCUAACGUAGCUCAAUACCUUUUCCUUUAGACCGACCGUUCAAAAUUGCGCCCGAUUUCCUUCUUCUUAAUCCUACGGGAUAUUCCAAAUUACA